AUGAAGGACAAUCUGGACGAUGCCGCCAAACGAACAAAGCACAGGAAAAUAUUACCCAAAAACGAUGAUCUCUACCUCUUUUUCGGCAUUGCUGACCUCAACCACGAUGGGUACUUGGACGGUCAUGAGCUACGAGUCGCCUUUGUACGUGAAAUGGAACCUGCUGCUCGGGAACGUGUUCAGCUACCUGAACUAGAAGAAAUGAUUGAUCAUGUCAUAGAGGAAGAUGACAAGGAUGGUGAUGCUCUCAUUUCAUGGCAAGAAUAUUUGGAGUCCCAGCUGUAUCAUGAUGCUAAUUGA